CCCAGAUGCUCUUGACCUUCACCACCUCUGAGAGAGAAUGUGUGCAGGAGAGGGCUGUGGGGAGGAUUGAGAAGAUGAGCUCUGCGCUAUUCAGACAUCCCACACUGGCGUCCUGUGCGAGAUACCUCAGAACUUCUGAAAGGACAGACAUCGUCCUUGUGUUCAUCGAGGCCAUGAGAGACUCCAGCACCUUUGACAAGAAGCGGGCAACAGACUUGCUGGACAUGGUCAUGGAAUUCCCUGACUUCUGGCUGGCGGAUCUGCCAAAGAUCAUGAGAUGCAUCCACAAAAACCUGGACAGCAUCAACACAGCACCAGCUCGGCAGAGCGUGGCGUCCCUGCUUCUGCUCAUGGCUGACAGGAGACCUGGGAAGGUGCUCACAACGCUGCUGAGGAUCGCUCCACCAGGAGACAGGACUGCCCUGGACAUGUGGGACAUGAUGAUCUCCACACCCCGGCCUCUGAAGAAGAUCUUAAGAAACCUGCGCAAAAGACUCCUGGUCAUAGACUCCAUGUUGCCCGAAGGCAUCAUCAGUGGGUCAGAAAGUCCUGACAUGGUGAGCGGGGCGGUGUCAAGCGAGCCAUGUUGGCAGGUGGGGCUGGGGCAUUGGGUGAGGUGCUGGCUUGGCCUUGGCUGGGGGUCAGGCAGUGGGUGAGAGCUCCACACGCCCUCCCUGCCGUGCUGGGGCCUGAUGGCUGCCUGGGGAGCUUUCCAGGCACGGAGUCUCUCCAAGACAUCUGCCCAUGGGGGCCUGUGGGAAAAGGGGACGGCUGAGCAGGACACAGGGAGUCAUUGCUUUUCAACCCUCCCUGCCCUGGCCCUGCUCUCCUGUAUCUCCGUGGCUGUGCCCAUGGCCACCACCUGCCAGGAGGCUGCCACAGAGAUUCCUGUGCCACCACCUGCCAUGAA